UUAAAUAAAUCGAUUUUCCCCUUUUACUCUUUCGAUAGUCGAUCUAAUUGUUCAUCAUUUACUUGCAAGUUUGAAAUUUGUUUGCAAUCGUUAAGAAAUUUUUCUUCCCCGUUUUUGGUUUUGGAUCUGGAAUUGAAUGUGUUGCUUCUGGUCCUCUGCACCAUCCAAUGGAGCUUGUAGAUGAUGGAAAAGAAUCAUCAAAUAGUGUCAAUGAAAUAGAAGCCACUAAUUCCCCACUUAUUUCUGGCCUUCCCGAUGAUAUUUCUCUUAUGUGCCUAGCAAGAGUUCCUAGAAAAUACCACUCAGUCCUGAAGUGUGUCUCAAAAAGAUGGAGGGACUUACUUUGCACUGAAGAGUGGCAACUUUAUCGCAGAAAGCAAAAGCUUGAUGAAACCUGGAUUUAUGCUUUGUGCAGGGACAAAUUAAAUGAGAUUUCCUGUUAUGUUUUGGAUCCAAGCUCAAGAAGAGAUUGGAAGCUCAUUGAUGGUCUUCCACCUCAAAUCUCAAAAAGAAAAGGCAUAGGUUUUGAAGCUUUGGGAAAUAAGCUAUUCCUAUUAGGUGGUUGUAAUGGGUUUCAAGAUUCUACUAAUGAGGUUUAUUCAUAUGAUGCUUCCUCAAACCGUUGGGUUGAAGCUACUUCCUUGUCAACUGCUAGGUGCUACUUUGCUUGUGAAGUAUUGGAUGAAAAACUAUAUGCUAUCGGUGGAAUAGUUUCAAAUGCAAGUGAUCUUCAUUCUUGGGAUACUUUUGACCCUUUGACAAAUUGUUGGAUAUCUAAUAGAGAUCCUAAUAUUGUUUCUGAUAUUGAAGAUUCAGUAGUUGUUGAUGGGAAGAUAUACAUCCGAUGUUGCAGAUAUCCUGUAACUCCUCAUAUAUAUGCUGCUGUAUAUGAACCAUCAAGCUGCAAGUGGCAGCACGCAGAUACUGACAUGGUUUUAGGAUGGAGAGGUCCUGCAGUUGUUGUUGAUGGGACGCUUUUUGUUUUGGACCAGAGUUUGGGAACUAGGUUAAUGAUGUGGCAUAAGGAGAGACGGGAGUGGACCUCUGUGGGAAAGCUAUCACCAUUGCUUACAAGACCACCCUGCCGGCUUGUUGCAGUUGGCAAAAGCAUUUUUAUUGUUGGGAAAGGGCUUAGCACUGUGAUUGUUGAUGUUGGUGAUUUGGGGAAUGAGGAUAAGGUGAUAUUGGGUUCUUCUAUACCCAGAUUAUUAUCUGAUUUCGAUGUAGUAAGUUGUAAAUGCUUGUCGAUAUGAAACAUUGAUUAGUUUUUCUUUGUUAUUCUCUUAAGAUACAUGUAAGAAUGUUUCAUAAUUCUUUUUUAUUUUUUCUUGGUAAAAUGAUGGGAUGAAAGUUUGAACUUGUGACUUUUAUGUAAAUUACUCGAAUCCCGCACAAUUAGCACAAUCCUGGUUGUGUUUGCAUAAUUUGGAGUUUAUGUAUUUGUACU